AUGGCCAGCAACAGCGCAGAUGCCCAGACCCCGAAGGAGUGGAAGAUAGAGCUCCCAGCGCGCCCGGCCAAUCUUCUGGCGGAGAAGGCCAACCCAGCAGAGCCCGAGGCGAACAACCGCGAGCUGUCUCAGAUCGACGAAGAACUCACCAAGCAGUCGGCCAGCCCCGAUGCCCCCAACACCACCGCUCCCCCAGCUUCCCCCGACGAUCCCGACGCCAUGGAUAUGUCCCCCGACACCCCCAACCCCCCACCAACGGCGACCAAGACGCUCGCGCAACGGAAGAACGCAAGCCGUCGCAGGAGGCGCAAGGCGCGGAGGGAAGAGUGCGCGGGCUCAGCAUCCUCCUCCAGCUCCAGCUUCGAAGUAGAGCACAGGACUCCCCGGGGAUAG